AAGCUAAGAAAAUGCAUCCCCCCGAAACCUUAUCCCCCAUGGUACACGCGGGCGCUCUCCAAAGAGGAAAAGAUCCAAAGGGGUGCGGCGUUCCCAAGACUUGCUCGAUCUUCAUUCUUCAUCCAACACACUCGCAUCGUUGUCAUUGUAACCAAGAUGAUGGUGGGCAACCAUGUCCUGUUGGGCCCUGGUCCACUGCUAUUGCUACUCUUGGCUGUAUUAUCCCAAGAGAUUGCUGGUUUCGUGCCCAGCCACCUGUCCGUCAUUAGAAUCAAGAAUAAUGAGGUGAGCUGUCCGAUACCCCUCCGAUCGGAUGAUACCCCAUCCAAUACCGUGUUGCAAAUGGGGUUGCGCAACUUUAUCAAGAAGAAGGUCCUUCGGAGAAACAACGAGGAUCCAUCAGGAGGAAAUGAUAAUUCAUCGUCCAAAAGCGCAGCCAGUGGUACCGGAAUGCCAAACAAGGAUCCCACUGGAGGCAGCCGCAAGGAUACCAACAAAAUUAUUCAAAAUGCUGCAGCUACCAAGGCUGCCAAAAGUCAACCACCCAAAAAAGUCCGCAUGGGAGAGGAUCCUGCCACGGGAGAAAUUGACGUGGAAUCAUCCAAACUAGGUCCUGAAACAGUCCAAGAACGCAUUAGCCGUAUCAAACGUGGGGAUAUGAGUGCCGCCGAAAAGCAAGCUUUUCUACAAUCUGCCUUGUCCACGGGAAAUACACCCGAAUCCAGAUUACCCAUGAUGGGACGUUCCGAUGCCAAUACGCCACAGUCGGCAUCGCCCUUUCCCACGGACUCGAUCUUGAGAAAUAUGGCAAUGGGUAACAAAAAGGACAAUGGCACAAAUACUUCUUCUGGUAGUAAAACCAGAAGAGAUGUACCCCUCGAAAUCGCGGAUUCACAAUCCAAGAAACGAAAGUAUCUAGAUAUGGUCACCGACCCACACAGAUUCGACAAUUAUCAAAAUCUUCAAAAGAAGGGCACCAACGAAGCGGCAAAUGGCGAAGAUAAUGGUGGGGAUGCAGAAGCAGAAAACAACAAUGAAGCACAGCAACCCAACGUUCCUCUCGAUCUAGGUGCCAGAUUGGGGGCCCAUGCCAUGGAAACGGUAAAACGCAACAAGGAAAUUCGAGAACGGCAGGAAGAAAAGGAGCGGCAAAUGGAGGAACACCGACGAGCACGGGAGAAGCGAUUGGCCGAAGCGCAAGUGGCAAGACAGGCAGAAAUGACGAAACGAGAAAUGGAUAUCCAACAACGACGACAAGCCAACGAUCAGGAAUUGCAAAAGAAUUCGCAACAGAACAACUUGGCCGAAGAGGCUCGUAGAUCGGAGUUGAUGAAGGCACAGGACGACUACUGGGCCAAGAAACUGGCAGAGAACAAGAGGGCAGAAGAAGCCAAGGAGGAAGCCGUCAAGGCAAGAGAAGAGAAGGAAAAGGAACAAGAAGAGAGAAAACGGGCAGCUGUAGCCGCCGCUGCUGCAGCUGCGGCGGAAGAGAAUGGCGAAGACAGCAAUACGAAUGCAAACACGCUAGAGAGUCUCAACGACGUCGCGCAAGCACGUGGCAACAACAUGGUCAAUCAAGCUUCGGAAGCAUCGGGACGAUCGUCCUUGAAUGAUCUUCCUCUGCGUGGCUCUUCCGAACAAGAUAGGAGACAGGCUGGACUGGAAGAUCAACAACUGCAAGCGCUGCGAUCCCUCAAUUCACCUCUGCCAAAACCAGCCUCUGGACCCAAGAAGCGCACCACCUUACGAAAACCACCCACCUUUCAGCCUCAAAAGCCCGUGACUGCUCGCAGUCAAACACCGGCUCAAAGUUUAGGAGAUCUAACCAACACCAUCAAGAACCCCACUCGGGUUUCAAACGACAACCAAAACGAACAGGCGGCCCCGGCUCCUGCAAAACCAGAGCCGACGCGACCACCCCAAGACGAAGCGGUCGGACGAUCCUUCAAUCCUUUCUCGAGACUUGGUGGGGGUGGCAGGAAUGGCAAAACGCCUCCAGCUGCAAAGGCUCCUCCGUCGCCGCCUGCUCGAAAGGGCCCGAUUCGCAUGGAGCUACCACUGGGAGAUGAGGAUGACGAGGAACCGGCCAUGACCGAGGGAAUGACCAUUGGUGAGAUUAUGAAGCGACAAAAGGCAGCCAGCAAUGAUGAUCAAGACACGCGAUCAAAGCAGUGGGGAGUGGACAUGUCUAGAUUCCAGGAGUAAUGAUUGCUUCAUUUCGUCGUUGCCGUGGACCUCCUGCUACUGCACGGUUGAAUCGUACGCUUUUGAACAGAUUACUACUUUUUCAAUACACACCUAGACUUUAGAGAACUGUAAAGAUAAUGCCUGAAGAGGUCACAUUUG